AACUAUUGUACAAAAGAUUAUGCUUUGGUUAGAUUAGGUCAUUAUUUUAGUUCACCAAUACGUCAAAAACAUACAUAGCUAUUUCGAGAAAUCAUGAAAAAAGCAACUAAUAUUAUAAAUACUGAUGGUAUCAAAUCAAACAAUAUUCAAAUGUAUAAAUGAUAAAUCAAAAUAUUAAAAAUGAUAUUUGGCAAGUAAAGUAGUAUAGACUAUAGAUACUGCUCAGAAUUGUCGUCCAAAUGAACAAUAAACUAAUAAGUCAUAAAUAAUAACUAUUAACACUCGUUCUAAUGUUCCAUUAACCCUCAAAAAUAAUAUGUACGAUGCACAAUUGGAUAGAAACACACAGUUAAAUAAAUCAACCAUUCAUUUUCAGAUACAUUUAAGUAUAUAACCAUGAGUUCAAUGCUAUCAUUUGUGUUGGAAAACGUACCCAGUGAUUGGGAACCAGUAAGCACUUACACUAAAAGUUAUGUUUUAUUUGAUGUACAAGACCAAAGUGUAGAAUCAGAGCGUAUAAAAACAAUGUUUAAUUCAACGUUAUUAAACAUAAAUAGUAUUAGGAGAGUGCAAAAUCCUUUUCAGUAUGGUCGAUUCAAGUUACGACAAGAAAUGCUAAACAAUAAUUUAGAGGAGGAGACUGUGUUUCAUGUUGUACAAGAAAAUGACUUAGAAACAGCUUUAAAAUAUACGUGUGAUUAUCGAAGAUAUAAUCGAAUAUAUAGAUAUAGGUGUGAAGCUACAAAUAAGCAUCCUCUCUUUUAUUCCAAUAUCCAGAGCGCUGUUUCCAACCUGUCUUCAUUUAACAAUGGUUGCGUGUUGGUUGUCAAUAAAAUACCUGGUACAACAAAGACUCAAAGUGAUUAUUAUAUCCAAUACGUGGUUGAUUUUAAAUAAACUGUACCUAUUAUAUUUAAAUGUACCUAUUAAUAUUAUUCGACUCUAUAACUGUACUUACGUCAUAUCGAUACAUAAAUAUUAAUAAACAAAAACAAAUAUAGUUAUUUUCACUUAAUCGAAAAUAUGCAUGUUUUUGUUAGUGUACAUAUUAAAUAAUAAAUAAUAACUAGAUGAUAAUACUUGUAUAACAUCAUGUUAACAGUUGACAUUAUAUUUUAAAUUAUAAAAUUCAUAACAUAUUAUAUUAUCAUAAUAAUAUAUUAUAAAGUACCUACAGUUUUAACUAUCUAUACUUUA